CUCGACGCUACACCCAAAUGCAGUCUCGCUAUCUUUUAUAUUUAUGUAUCAAUGCCAUAGCUAACUUUCUUGAUGGUCCUCAAGCUUGUGGGUCCUCACGAUCUCAAACCCGAUUUCUCCCUACCUCCAGGAUCGGCGAUCAAGGGUACUAUCGGGACGCUCAGGACCCUCUCGCGGGACGGUCCGCUCGUGUUCCACCUCGUCAUUCACGAACCCGCCGAACCGAUUCACAAGGGGCCAUUCAAGAAAGCUGUGGUCACGAUCACCACCGGUCUCAAGAAUAGUGGGAACCAUGCCGAGCUUCUCCAGCUGGCUCAUGAGGCCUUGAGACAGGCGAUGAAAGAUAAUCACAAGGUGGUCCUACAUCUGGAUGUCAAGGGGUGCCGCGUACAGAGCUGUGUAGCCAACCCGGAAAAGAAACGAAGAGAGGCGGACCUCAGGCUGGAAAACGGUUCGAAAUUGCAGGUGGUCGGACCUACAGGAGAGCUCGGCGAGGUGGUCGAUUUCUUCUCUGAAUCGACGGUCAACGAAAGAGACUGGUUCUCGAGUCCUCCUGAUUCUCAAUCCCAACCAGCUCCCUUCGAGCCUACGCCGAGACCGGACGGCACGGUACCUCUGACGGAAUUGCCCAUACCUCGACCUGGACCUCAAGCGGGGACCGGCACUAGCGCUAGCAGAAAGUCGGGCACUGAUAAACAGUCGAGGGGAAAGAAACAGGCUGCUAGUUUCAAGCAUCCGAGCACAGCGACUACCGGCAGACCGAUGAACAACAGCAAGCAAGCUCAAGCAAUGUCAACUAAAGGAGUGCAAGCGCAGGCUACCGGGGCUCGGGUGGAGGAGCUGUUUGCCAACCUGGAUCGUAACCUGGCGCAUUCCCCACGGUACUCGGUGGUCGAGGACCCCGAACAGCGUGAGAUCUCCACGGAAGGCCGGGAUAGGCCGGUCCAGAAGAAACGCCGACGAGAGGUCUCGCCGAGGCCUGUUGGAUCCAACGACACAUCCGGGAGUCAUUCGGCCAACAAUACGACGUCUAUGCCGCCUCCUGCUAUCCCCCGGGUGGCUGCUCCUGUUCACUCUGCAUCUCCCGAUCCCAUUCUGAUUCCCAUCCCGACGGCGGCUCAGGCAUCGAGAGAUCCUGUGGUCAGCAAUUCGAAGUCUGCGCCUGUCGCAAACACUUCUACCGCCGCUAGUGCGGUGACAAGUUCAGAUAUCGGUUCUUCCUCAAAAUCUCUUGCUGCAGCAGCACCAAAAGCUGUCCCCACACAACCCAUCUCUUCACUAGUCGACCCGGACAAACAUAUCGCCAAGCGUCUCAAAGCGCAAAAGAUCGCCGAGCGAAGACAAGCGCGCGCGCUCGAACAGGCCGGGCUGAGCGGUCAAUCCAUCGUCGAUCGGGAAGAGAGGGCGAAAAGAGUCAGGGAGGAGAUCGAUACGGUCUAUAAGCGCGGAUUGGAGAAGGCUGUCGCUUUAGUGGUCGAGUACAAGUACAACUUGAUAGGAAAGAGUUUGACUUACCAUAUGCUCGAUCACUGGGUCAAUUCGGAUCGUCCGUUGACCGGAGGGGAACGAGGCGAUACUAUAGCGGUCAUCAGGGAUUACUCCUUCAUCCCUUCUGACGGCAGAAAUGACAACCGGUACAACUUUCAACUGCAAGAUCCUUCGGUGGAUCCAGACGAUUUUUUCAUCCUCACCGUCUUUUCUGCGACCCGGUUAGAAUUACCAAAUCAAUUGUUGCGGGGCAGUGUUCUGUUGAUCAGGGAUAUAUGGGUGACAAGAGGACCGAAUGGACGGCAGCGAAUGAGCGGGAAAACGCAGUCCCAUUCUGGUUUCCAAUGGGCUUGUCUGGAGUUGAAACCGGACGGGACUACCAUCGAGCAUGUGGGAACGGGCAGGAAAGCCGUCAAGUAUCCCGAGCUUGGGCCGACCGAGCGUCAAAGGAUGACCAGAUUGAAAGACUGGUGGGUGUAUGUGGCCAAGCCACAGGGUGUGUCAGGAGAUUCAACAGUCGGCGAAACGGUCUCGCAUUACGGAAGCAACGGAAAGACUUCCAAGCGGGCGACUGUCGGCGAGAUGAAGCCUUUUGCUUUUUACGAUCUUGUUGCCGAGGUGUUGUAUACCUCAAAAGGUUAUGCCGGAGUUAUGGCCGUGUAUGUGACCGACUAUACGUCAAAUUCGGAAAUAGAAGACGACGACAGAGUUCUUGCGCAUCACCCACAUUUGAGAAAGAUGAUCAUGGAGGUCACCUUUUGGGACAGCAACGCUGCAGAAGCAGACAAGCAAGAACUUAAAGAAGGCGAUUUCGUCUUCUUGCGCAAUCUACAUUGUAAGGUCAAGCAUGGGACCUUACAAGGGGUCCUGCAUGACAAUGUCCGAACGGGAAGCAGGGCUACGAUCGAGAUGGGGCAGACUUGGAAGAAGAUGAACAUCACAGACCCGUUGGUGGUCGAGCUAUUGAGGUGGGUGUGGUUGGGUUUGCCCCUCGAUAUUCCGCACUGAAGACUAGCCUUCCGAUCCGCAGUCGGAAGGAAGAUCUAGCAUCAAGACCGUCCACGCAGAAUGAAGCAACCCAAGCACC